CGUGGUCGUCAUGGUAACGCGAGGCGUGGUGGUCCUGGCGUCCUCUCUGGUAAACAUUGUCCUUCCCGAGACCCUACCCACCUGUCCUUCCCUCGCCACGCCCUUGUCUUAUACUUUCAUUAGCCACCACACCCAUCACCUCAUGGACCAUCCAUUCCAGGCAACUACCCUCACUAUCUAUUAGUUCCUGAAGGAGUGGCAGGAUAAGGGCGAUAUAAGGAGAGAAGGAAGGACACAACGAUGAUCAAAGUCAGGCAUACCAAGUAACAAGGACGUCACUAUGGCCGAGCUGAGGAAGCAGGAGAGCGUGGACGAUACCAAGAAGAUUGUGCACACCUACCCACUGUUGAGGCACACAGACAUGACAGAUGAGAUGAAAACAGAGACAAUGGAGUUGAUAGUGACAGCCUGCGAAAAGCACCCAGCUAAUAAUGAGAGUGCUGCCCGAGUCAUCAAGGAGACCAUGGACAAGCGUUAUGGGGCCACCUGGCACUGUGUGGUUGGCGAGGCUUUCGGUUUUGAGGUUUCUUAUGAGGUGAAAAAUUUGUUGUACAUGUUCUUUGCUGGUAACUUGGCCAUUGCUGUGUGGAAGUGCUGCUAGGAUGCCGUAGUCCAGUUUCUUUCCAUCCACUUAGUUUAAGAAUGUACUUUAUCUAGUUUUCAAUAACACAUGGGUAGAGUAGAUGUAUGAAGUGUGUUUAUGCUGUGUAUGGAUGAGUAGAUUUAAGGUUAAUUUUGCAGAAAUUAUCUGGGUUAUUGUAUUUCUUGUGUAGCAAACUAACAAGUGUACAAGUUCUGUAUUAGAAGUAAUACUAACAUGUGACUUUUAGUUAGUCUUGAUGUUUUUGUUGGUGAUUAUUUUGAGUGUAAAGUAAAAAACUUUUCACUGUUAUAAGUGCAAAUGCAAGACUGCCUUUUAAAACUCACUAAUGUUAUGACUGCACAGCAACACUACCUUUCAAUACUCAAGAGUACAAAUAUGCCUUUGCAAAUCAGCAUUUUGUAGGCCAUGCCAGGCUCAGAAUAGUAUUUAUGAUUAUAGAUUCCUUGUUUACCUUUCAAUGAUACACAGUUUGUGUAUCAUUGCAACAUGCAGCAAAAAGUUGUUAGUUUUUUUGUUUUUAUGUACUAUAUUACUUAAAACAGCUUUAAUUUACUCAUACCUGGUUAUUAUGUUGCAUAUUUAUUAAUUGUUUGUUUUGGGAUAGUGUGUAUAUUUUAUGUGUGUUUUUUAUGAGCUUCAUUUUAAUUAUUAACUAUAUAGAAUAACUUAGAUAUGUGAUAAAGAUGCAGGAUGUCAUGCUAAGGUUAUUGGUGCUUUUGUAAUCAAAUAUCAAAUAUUAGUUUCCAAAUUACUUAUAUUUGACACUCAGUUCAAAGACAGCAGAGUAAAACUUUUAAUGUAACAAUAUGAAAUUUACAGUGUCAUGACAUGCCAUGUUAGAUUUAAUUUUACCUAUAGGAUGAUGGAAGGUGAAUUAUGCUUUGCUUCCCUUCAAUAGUAUUUGGAUUUAUGUUCUUAUAAAGCUGGUCCGGUUUUCUUUAUUGGUGCUAGUGUGAUGGGUGCUUACUUAGGGUUAGUUAUAGUUUUAGCUGUGAGAAUUGUUCUCAUUUCAACUUUUAUUUUGAAACACAUGUGGCUGUACUCUAAAAACGUAUGAAGCUAGCAGCUUGAAAUUGUUACUUUUGCAAAAUGUUACCUGAGUCACAACAUGCCUGAAUGCAAUUGUAGCCUUAUCAUCAUGUCAGGGUCUAGGUUAUGAGGUUAACAGUGCUGCUUAUGGAUUUUCUUAGCAUAGUGAUAAACAAUAUUAAUUUUAACUGGAGAGGUAAGACUCUUUCAGAUCGUUUCCAGUAUUAAGGAAAUAGAAAUAUGAGACUCUAAUCUAUUUUUCCUCUUGAAUGUGAUGCAAGUGAUUGGUAACUGUGGGAAUGCAGUUGACUUGACUGGAAAGGGUCAGAUAGGCCUUAUUUGUCAGGUUAAAAUGAAGUAUAAUAAUUACAGUGAAUUCUUUUGCAUACAUUCCAUUGAGGAAAAGACCAUAGAUUGCCUGUGGCUCUUUACCAAACUGGUGCAUGGUAAAUAUUGAAUAAAAGUCCAUCUCAUGCCUU